UAGACUUUGGAGACUAAGUCACUAUGUCUAUAGUAUUGCUUUGCAUGCCGGAUAACCACAGUAGAAAACGUUUUGGGCUACCCUUCACAGCAUUCUGAAACCCUUUUUCUUCCUUCAUUUCCAUAAUUUUCAUGUUCUUUCAAUGGGGUUGUAUGGAAUUGAUUGCUUGUUACUUGCCUUUAUUUUGUUCUCUCUUAUUGUUCUGGCCAGUGCCUUGGACACCAUCACAUCAUCUUCGUUGAUCCAAGAGCCUCAAACAAUAAGCUCAAAUAAUAGCAGGUUCACCCUAGGAUUCUUCAGUCCUCAAAAUUCCACCAAUCGCUACUUAGGAAUUUGGUUUAUGUCUGAGUCGCAUACUGUUUGGGAAGCUAAUAGAAACAACCCACUAAUGGAUUCUUCUGGGAUUCUCACAAUAUCAGAGAAUGGAAAUCUCGUUGUCAUCAAUGGACAAAAACAUGUUCUCUGGUCAACAAAUGUCUCACAUGUUGCAUCAAAUUCCAGUGCUCAACUCUUAGAUUCCGGCAACCUUGUCCUCGCAGAUGGAAUUACUGGAGCAUUCGUGUGGCAGAGUUUCCAGCAUCCUUGUAAUGCAUUACUGCAAGACAUGAAACUGAGUAUCAACAAGAAAACAGGCGAGAAAGUGAAACUUAUAUCAUGGAAAACUUUAUCUGAUGCAGCCUAUGGAGGAUUUUCUUGCAGUCUUGAACCUCGUGCUAAUGUCACUGAACUAUUCGUAUGGAAAGGAAAUCAUCCUUAUUGGCGCAGUGGUCCUUGGAAUGGUACAAAAUUUCUCGGGGUAUCUCAGAAUUCAUCUGUAUCCUUGAAUGAGUUCAAGAUGAAAGGUGAUGAGGAAGGCAAUUUUGACUUGUAUUUUCAUUACUCAGACAACUCAGUAUUACUAACUCUUAGGUUAAGUUAUCAAGGUAAAAUAAGAAUACAACGUUGGAAUUCCCAGUCAUAUAUAUGGGAAAUUGAAUGGCUAAACGUGAAUUCCGAUUGUGAUAUUUAUGGCCAUUGUGGCCCAUUUGGGAUCUGCAAUCCUUCGAGCUCGCCGAUAUGCAGCUGCUUGGGAGGGUUUGAACCCAAGAACAAAGAAGAAUGGGGAAGACAGAACUGGACCAGCGGGUGUGUGAGAAGAGAAACACUUCAGUGUGAGAAAGACAAAAAUGGUUCUCAAGCUAGCAAAAUAGAUGAGUUUAUUAAGCUAGAGAGGGUAAAACUGCCUGAUCGUGCACAAGUGUUACCUUUUGAUGACUUUAAGGAUAGUAAUGGAGAUUGUCAAACUCAGUGCCUGAAGAAUUGCUCUUGUUUAGCUUAUGCCUAUGAUAGAAGCCUUGGCUGUAUGGUUUGGAAUGCAGAUUUACUUGACAUACAAAACUUCUCAGCUGGAGGGGUUGAUUUUUACAUGCGUUUAGCCCACUUAGAGCAAGGUAUAGGCAAGAGGAAAAUGACAACACCUAUCAUCAUAUCAACUCUAAUUGGAACAAUUCUCAUUACUUCCUUUGGGUAUUUUUUGUGGAAAAAAUGGUCAAAGCAAAAAGGGGAAAUGCAUAUGCAAAUUCAAAACAAGAGAAGGAUGAUGCAAGUCAAAAUUCAAGAGCUACCAUUAAUUGGUUUUAGAAAGUUAGCAAUUGCAACAAACAACUUUGACUUGGCAAAUAAACUUGGGCAGGGUGGUUUUGGUCCAGUUUACAAGGGAAUGUUAAGAGAUGGAAAAGAAAUAGCAGUGAAAAGACUAUCAAGAUUAUCUGGGCAAGGUAUGGAAGAAUUUAUGAAUGAAGUAGAAUUGAUUUCUAAGCUUCAACAUCGAAACCUUGUUAGACUUCUUGGCUGUUGCAUAGAAGGAGAUGAGGAGAUAUUGGUUUAUGAAUAUAUGCCAAACAAAAGUUUGGAUGCAUAUAUAUUUGAUCCAUUGCAACAAAAAUCUUUAGAUUGGGGAAAGCGCUUCAAUAUAAUUGAAGGAAUAGCUAGAGGAUUGCUCUAUCUUCAUAGAGAUUCAAGAUUAAGAAUCAUACAUAGAGAUUUGAAGGCAAGUAACAUAUUAUUGGAUGAACAGAUGAAUCCAAAAAUAUCAGAUUUUGGGAUAGCUAAACUUUUUGAAGGUGGUAAAGAUCAAGCAAACACAACAAGAAUUGUUGGUACAUAUGGCUAUAUUUCUCCAGAAUAUGCAACUGAAGGACUUUAUUCAGAGAAAUCUGAUGUCUUUAGCUUUGGUGUUUUGUUGCUAGAGAUUAUUAGUGGCAGAAAAAACACAAGCUUUUAUGAAGAUAUAGAAUCCUUGACACUUUUAGGAUUUGCGUGGAAAUUAUGGAUUGAUGCCAAUAUUGUCCCUCUAAUAGAUCCACAUAUAUAUGAUCCAAUCUUUCAUAAGGACAUAUUGAGGUACGUGCAAAUAGGUCUUCUAUGUGUGCAAGAACUUGCAAAAGAGAGGCCUACUAUGGCCAUCGUUUUAUCGAUGCUUCAAAGUGAGAUUAUUGAUAUUCCUUCUCCAAGCCAGCCUGCAUUCAUUCUCAGGCAGACCUUGUCUCAUACUUCAAAGCAAGUUUCAAAAACUGGUGACUCAUGUUCCAUCAACAAUGUAACUAUCUCAAAAUUUGUAGGGAGAUAGAGAUUUUGUGGUGUUGUGUUUCAUUUGAUGAAUGAUCUAAAAUAUGUUCAUAAUUUACACAUAUUUUAUGUAGAUCUUCAUCAGGGAAGCUCUUAAUCUUGUUUCUUCAACAAUUAUUAACUUGCUUAUUGGUCCUAAACAGUUAAAAUGUACAUUGUAUUUUAUAAAUAUA